CCACCAUGAUGUUGGUCCGUACUAGCACUAGAUGUCUCCUCGCCCGCCCCCCGCAGCAGUCAACACACGUGUCCACACUGCAAGGAUGGAUACAGCCAGCCACACAUCUAGACGCGCAGACACGGCCAUCAUCACACGAGUCAGUCAGUCAAUCAGUCGAUCAGUCAGUCGCCUCUGAAAGGCGCCGCACAGUCGUCGGUCGGGCGGUCGAAUUGAGUGAGCCCGGCCGGCUGUCCGUCAACACAACUCACACAUAUGAUGCCACAUGCAGGCCCUAAUUGACUCACUGACUGACUGACUGACAUAUGGCCUCUGCACGUCACACACAUACAACUUGUUAGAUGAAUGCUUAUCACACGAAUUCACACGAAUUCCAUUCGGCUGGCUGGCCUCUUCUCUAUCGGACACGCACACACUUGAAAAGGAUCAGCAGCGGGCAGGCAAAUCGAGGAGCAAUGCGUUCUGCUGUGGUGGCUGGGUGGCCGCUACGCUGUCUUGGCCGCCUUGCCGCAGCUGCUGGAACUUGGCUUUGAGGAACUCGAGCAGCGCCGCCUCCUGGUGCGCCUGCAGGAACUGCAGACAUAUCGACUCGAACGCUCGAGACCUCGUCUGGGCGUACUUCUGAUGGCGUCACAGCCAGGCAGGCACACAGACAGACAGACAGACAGACAGAUGGACAGACAGAAAUAUAGCCUUACGGUAGGUACGGUCCAGUAAGAUGUAAGAUGCACGAUGUGCGGGCGUGUGAAGGGGGGGUCAUGUCAAUAGAGACUUACAAGGAGGAGAAUCAGUCAAUCAGUCAGUCAGUCGGCAGGCAUCUCCCGAGGUGCGACAACACUUCCUGCAGCACGUUGGCUUUGGCCUGCACAAGUCCAUGCAGUUGAAGGUAAGGCAAGACACGCCAGAUUGUUUCUCCCUCUCGUCUUCCCGUACCUCAAAGUAGUUCCUUUCGUUGUCGGCACCUCUGUGCGGAUUGCUUCUCCAAAGGAGAUAGGCAGCGAUUUUGGUUUUCUCCUCAAUGUCAUCAUUGAGGGCUUGAAGUGUCGUGAGCCGCUGCUGUGUCUCGUCGUCCAGCCGCCUGCGUGCCUCCUUCUCUUGCUGAAUUUCCACUUGAGCCUUCCUGAGGGCCUCGUCUUUCUGUUCGAGCUUACAAUGAGGCAAAAAAACGAAACACCAAAAUCACCGCAAUAUGUUGGAUGAUGCAUCUUAAUCAUGAAGUGACCAUCUUCACCAUUUACCUGAGCAUCGAGCUCUGCCACAUGCUUCGUGAGAGAUGCAACUCUUUCCUCCAGUUCCUCCACGUGGUCCAGUGCAGCGCGCUCGCGCUCGUUGGCAGCAAACACCUCCGAGUCCUUGUCUGCCAGGCGGGCCGUCACGUCCUCCUUCUCCUUAUUCAAGGCGGCAGCGCUCUCGGCCGCUCUGGCAUUGGCGUUGGCGAGACGGCUCUCUGCUGCCUUGGUCAGCUCCAACUCCUUUCGCAUCUUGCCUAUCUGCCGGUCUUGCUCGGCGAGCUCCGCCUCCUUUGUCUGCAGUCUGCCGUCCAACUCGGCCAACCUUUUAUCCUUGCUGUCGGUCUCAUCUCGAUACAUUUGCCGCAUCUCAUCAAAGUGCUCCUGCUGCUUGAUCCUCUCUGGAGACACAGACGAGAGGAAGAGAGACAUGAGACACAUGAUUAGGCCUGCAGGCGUGUGGCUGGCGAGUGAUGUGUGUACCUGCUUUGAGAGUGUACACUUGUUGGUUGGCGACAUCCAGUUUGCCAAAAAGCAUCUCCAUGGUACAGACCCUUUCCGCCUCACUUGACUUGAUCAUGUCUCUGAAGGGUACAUGAGAAACCAAAAGGCCAAAUGCAACGGAAUCAAAUGGUGCAGUGCAAUGUGGCUCGUACCUGAAUGUGUCCCUCUCUUUUGAGACGAUUGCAACCACUUCUUUGAGACGUUCGACUUCUUUUUCUAGCUCGUCCCUUUCUCUCUGGGGAUCAAGAAAACAACACCGAACACAGCAAGAUUCGGAAAUGAGCCACUUGUGUCCAGGGUCCUGUCUACCUGACGUGCCCUUACCUUUUCCUGCUCUUGUGCCUCUUAUAGCCCAUCAAACAGUGACCCUCCUCGCUGCAGCGCGGCAGAGUUAGACACUUCGGCAAUCGAACAAACUGGACUGUCGUCAACUGUCGACGGCUGGGUGGCAUCAGCUUGGUGACACAAUACUCCCUCCAUAUCGCCAUGCAGCUUGCCAAACCUCUGCACUUCUGCCUCGAAGGCGGCCGGCAAUGUGCCGAGUCUUUGUAACGGCUCCUCGAACCCCGCUCGCAGCUCCUUCACGAUUUCUUGUACGACAGCCCUGUUGCGGGGCGAAGUGGGGCUCGAUGCCUGGGCGGCUUCCUUCGUGUUCAUGCUGACGAGCAUGUCCGUCAUCUUAGCCUCGACAUCCUCUAAGUGACAGAGCUUUUGCAGCACCUCGGUGAGCUUCUCGUCUGCGCGGGAGGGGGGUGGUUUGAGACGAGGAAGCUCAGUCAUCACAGUGCUGUUCAAUUCCUCGUGUCUCUCUUCUAGCCUCGACAUCCUCUGCAGGACUUGUGGGAACUGUAAGAAGGGACAGAAACGCGGCAAUCGAGGCAUGCCAGUGAAUGUUUGAGUGAUAGACAAGUGUGUGCUUAAAGUGUUCAGAUAGCGGGACCGUACCUGCUCGCUCAGAGCCGUCGAUUGUUGCUGUAAGAGCUCCCUGAUAUUAGUCUCAUUCUGCUCGGCCAACUCCAGGUGCUGACGAAGUUCGCUAUUACACCGCCUCAGGUUCUGUGUGUCCGUCUCCAUCCGCUCCUUCUCAUUCGUGACCGCCCGAAUGUCGUUUUUAAGGGCUGCGUUCUCUUCGUCCGUCUUCCCUUUCUGGCGCUGCAGCUCCUCGAGUUCAUGCUCCAGUUCCCGUACUCUGUUUGGUUGGGCUGCAGCGAUCUUGGCAUUUUUCUCGUCAUCCCAAUCCGGUGUCUCCUCCAUCAUCUCAGAAUAUGGAAACCGCCUGCAGGGAAGGGAGUAACACACACCAACACACACACAGACAGACAGGCAGAUAGAUGGAUGGAUGAAUGGACGGACGUGUGUGUGUGGUGUGUGGCCCUUUCUCCCUCUCUCCCUCCCUCCUCCCCCCGUCUCACUCUCUCUCUCUUCCAGAUCUGGCCCUCUUUCUGCUCUCUCUCGCUGAUCUGUACCGUCGGGAGAGGGGCCGGCCGUUUCUCAGGACACAGUGGGUAUCUUGAAAAGCUGUGAGCCGGAGGUGCUCAGGACAUCGUUGUGCAUCGAUUGGGAUUCACAGUAUCGCUUCCGGAUCC